AUGAGCAUCAUGGGCUCGCGUGGCCUCGUGCUCGCCGCACUGGCUGCUCUCGUGCUCUCAGCCUGUGCGCCCAUGGCGGAGGCCAUCCGCGUCGCGCCACUGACUGGGCCCUGCCGAUCCUCUUUCUUCAAUCCCUCCUGUCUGUGCCUCCCCUAUGCCUGCACGUGCCCAUGUGCCUGCCUGCAUGUGCCCCUCACGUGCCUGCAUGCGCCCUUCACGUGGCCACGUGUGUCCUCCACGUGUCACCCACCUGUUGCAGACACGUGUGUGCUGCGCAACUGCGGCAGCAACUCGAGAUGCGUCAAGGACAAUGCAGGCUCGGCUGACUGCGUCGCCCAUUCGUGCGCGCUGCUGGUGUGCGAUCCCAACGCCUCGUGCGUGAAGGAGAAUGGUCUCGCCACGUUGCUGCCCUGCUCGCUGUUGAGUGCUGCCCUGCUCGCUGUUCCUCCUGCCCUGCUGGCUGUUCUGGCUGCCCUGCCUUCUGUUGCUACUGUGCUGCUUGCUCGACUCUCAUCUGCCUUCGCAUGGCCCCUCUCUCCAUGUUCCUCUCUCCCUCUUCCACUCACCUGCACGCGUCACACGGCACGUGCAGACACGUGUGUGCUCAAGGACUGUUUGAACGCCACGUGCAGCAAGGACGCCGCUGGCGCCGCGUCCUGUGCUUGCCACCCUGACUUCGCCUUGCAGCCGGACGGCCACACUUGCAAAGGUACUCACGGCACGUGCUUGGGUGCUGCUGCCGUCAGAAGCUACUUUGUCUGCUUGCCUGUGCUGGUGCGUGCUUCUGUAGUUCCUACCUUUCCUUGGUUCCCCUCCUCUCCUCUCCCAACACUCGUCUCCCCUCUGUGCCACCCUUCUCCCCACCCAGACACCUGCGCUAUUAAGAGAUGUGGUGUGAACGGCCAGUGCAAGAAGGAUGCUAAGGGAGUGGCGUCCUGUGAAUGUGCCACUGGUUUUGCGCUGCAGGCGGACGGCAGGACUUGCAUUGACACCUGCGAGAUUCAGAGCUGUGGUGUGAACGGCCAGUGCAAGAAGGACGCGAAGGGAGCGGCGUCCUGUGAAUGUGCCACUGGUUUUGCGCUGCAGGCGGAUAACAGGACUUGCACUGGUAUGUUCCGUGGGCAUUCCGUCCCUGAUGUGCUUUUGCCACCUCUUUCAUAUGCGCGUGCUGUUGCUGCUGUGUUACAGUCUUCGCACCUUCCUUAA